UGUGUGUGUGUGUGUGUGUGUGUGUGUGUAGGUGUCCGGUCUGUCCCUCUGGAUCGGGUCCCAGAUGACCCCCCUCCAGUCCAUCCCUCCGUGGGCCAUCGCCGUGGUCCUCUGCCUCCUCAUCGCCACCUUCACCGAGUGCACCAGCAACGUCGCUACGGCAACGCUCUUCCUGCCCAUCCUGGCCUCCAUGUCGCAGUCUAUAAACCUGAACCCUCUGUACGUGAUGAUCCCCUGCACCCUCAGCGCCUCCUUUGCCUUCAUGCUGCCGGUGGCCACGCCCCCCAACGCCAUCGUCUUCUCCUACGGUAUCCUUAAGGUGUCCGACAUGGCUAAAGCCGGCGUGGUGAUGAACGUCAUCGGGAUCAGCUGCAUCACUCUAGCCAUCAACAGCUGGGGUUACGUCAUCUUCGGGCUGGACGAGUUCCCGACCUGGGCCAACGGCACCGCACCGGCAUAGCACCCACAACCUGCACCGGCAUAGCACCGACAACCUGCACCGGCAUAGCACCGACAACCUGCACCGGCAUAGCACCGACAACCUGC